GCCUUUGAAGAUUCUUUGAGGAAGACAAUUAAGAAGGGCGACAUCGAUGAAAUAAUUUCCCAACUUUCCCCAAGAUCCUUGUCAAAGUGUUCCAAAAAUGCUUUGUUGAUGGCAAUGGAGGUAAUAAUUCACUUGCCGCAUUAUUGAAACUGACAACUAGCUGAUUUAAUUUACAAAAGGAGAAUUUUGAUCGCUUUUUCCUACUUUUCUGUCUGUAAAAACAUAGGCACAUUCAAAUUAGUGUUUAGUGCUAGAGAGAAACAGCAAAAAGGUAUCGCUGCCACAUUUUGAAUCAAACUUCUGAUUGUUAUUCUACACAUUGAUUGACUAUAUUCUUCGGAACCAUAUAAAUGUCCUCAAAGAAUUGUAAGAAAUAUAUUUACAGUUAAGUCUGUAUAACGGUAGCAGAAUCAUCGCUGUGAAAGGCCAGUGGAAAGACAGCCCAAAUCUUUAGUGUCUGAUUUGUUACUCUUCAGACAUGCCCCUUCUAGGCUCUGGUUGUUCAAAAGUUGGAUAGCGCUAUCCAUCAUCAUUAUCCAGCGGAAAGUGCAGAGACUAGGGACACCAUUGCGGGUAGCGUUAUCCACCCUAUAAAUAACUGAGGAUUUUAAAACAUUUUUUGAUACGGCACUUCAGUGCGUAGUCUUCCAACUUGGGAUUGCGCCACAAUCCGUAAAAUAUUAGUCAUUGUUUCUGGGACCAGCUGAUUGAUUUCCCUGUACUUAUCAACUGGAAAGUUAUUUAUCUGGUGGAUAGCACUACCCAGCUUUUGCACCACUGGCAUUGGUGAAUACUGACCUUUCUGUUUGCUAUUAUGUCACAGAUGAACUUCGAACUUCGUAGAUUAGCUGGCAAAAAAGGACCAGACGAAGAAGACUUGACGAAGAUGGCCAGUACUUUAGAUGAGUUCAUUUUCCGCCUUUUCGAUCCUCUAAGAUCAGGUGGACGAAUUCGAGACGUUUUCUUGAAAUCAGCUAUUAAUGACGUCCUGGAAGCUGCAAUUGAAUUCGAACAGAAAAACGUAAGUGAUCCUAAACGCGAGUCUCAGUUCUCAUUAAGAUUGUUUUUGGGUCGAAUCUCGCCAGGGACUUGCCUUAUAGUUUUGCAAUCUAAAAGCAUAGUUUAAUGCGAACUUUAUCAGUCUUAAAGGGACUAUGUCACGAGGAUAUCGCUAUAAUUUAAGGUCAAUUCUGUGCCAGUAUAUUACUUAGUGCCUACACAAUAUACUCCUAAAACACAAUACCACAUGGAAAGUGCUUUGUACGGUAUUUACCCGUUCCUUGUUUUUGUAUCAGAAAUCUUACUCGUUCGCUGCGCUCACUCGUUCGAUUUCUGAUACGUCAACAACUCGUGCGUAAAUACCGUACGCCCACACUUUCCAUUAAGUAUUCUCUAUAUAGAAUUAGGAAGAUACUGUUAUAAUAGUAGUUAAAGGAUUCGGUGUCGGCUUUCCAUGGACAGACAUGCUAAACAUUUAAAUGUUUAACCCAAGACUACCAAAAGAAUGAGUAACAUUCUGAAGACAUACCUCCAACAAGCGACCAUGCCUUCCAAAAUGCUGAUUCGGUAAAAGCAAUUGUCUGCUCUCCAUUGGUCGCCAGAUGUGCAAUUCAAAUAAUCGAGAGGUCAGGAUUCACAUUGAGGAUCCACUGAUACGUUAUAAGGAAUUUCAUAUUGCAAAUCACUCUUGUUAAUAUGCUUUAUUUGCAGUUUUUUGCUCAUCCUGUUAUAAAUACCCUGAUGUCAGAGAAAUGGCACGGUGAACUAGGAAUGAAGAGAAAACAAUCCUGGUUAACCAAGGAACGCUGGACAUGGGGAUUUCUCAAUAUCUGGUGUUUGUUCGAUAUAGUACUCUUUCCUUUCCUCUUCUUGGGUUUUGGAACUUACCAUUUUGUGCGAAAAAAGAUUAGAAACAGAAAAGGUAAGACCAGUUCCUAGUAAGCCUUUUUCAUUUGAUUCUGAUUUUGAUGAAACUCGUCGAAAGGUUUUCAGUGACUGUCACAAAAAAGCUAGACUUGACCCGGACGAUCUUACUUGUAAUCCAACUAAUUUUUAUUCUUAACCUCUUACAGUUCGAUACAGUCUUAAAGUCGUGAUAUUACCUUAUUACAUGUAGAUGUUAUUCAUUUAACAUGUGUUAAUCUGCUACCUUAUUACCAUCAUGGUGCCUUUGGCCAGUCGAAUAGGUAAUUUGGUUCAGACAAAAAGACAAACAAACAAGCAAACAAAAUUAAAAACGUUUAUACAAUAAAGCGAACAUUUCAUUCAUUUACAAUUUCCUGGGCUUGACAGUUACUCGCCAGCACAACACGUAGUACGCAACAACAAAAUCGUAUGUUUCAGUCUUGUCCCUUUUAAUUUUGCAGGUGCGUACAUAAACAAAAGCGACAUAUAUGGUGAGUUAAAGUCCGGUUUUCACUAGCGCAUAAGCAUAAGCAUAAGCACAAGCACAAACAUAUGUGUAAGCGAUUGAAAACUGGGUCGACGUAAGCAUAAGCAUAAGCACAAGUCAAAUGUGCCAUUCUGCGCGUGCGUAAAUCCUUAUGCUUAAGUGCUAGUGAAAACCACGCUCUGAUGAACUUUAAAAUUGUAUUUUACUGCGCUUUUCACAAACAUGCGAAUUUUGAAGUUCAAAAGCCAACUGACGAUUGCGCUUUUCGCUGCUGUCAAUCAUCUUAACGGACCUCUUAGGAAACAAAACUUUACUUAAACGGGUUCAAAAGGUCAAGGUUUGUGAUUUGUGAUUGGUGGAUUUCGAUCCGUUUUGUGUGUUUUUUGUGUUUCAAGGUUCGUUGCUUGUGAUCGUAAUUAUGAUUGACGGCAGUGAAAAACGCAAUUGUGAAGGCGGCUUUUGAACUUUAGAGUUCGCAUGUUUGUGAAAAGCGCAGUAAUAUAAUUGCACGUGAUUUUGUAAUAAUAAUAUAUAGAUUUAGCCAGGGCUAAAAGCGAAGCUCUGGUUAAUAAUACUUAUAAACAAAAAAAAGUAAAUCGUGUAAUGCUAAACGGGGACGGCAAAGAAAAUGGCAUCAAGAUCAAUCGAUCUAAUUAGCAAAAAAAAAUUGCACGUGCAACACGCUUUUUGUCUUUCUUUGCCGUUGUUUUGCGCAACUACAACGCUGUUAUCCACGUGAGUGUAAACAUCAAAAAUAAAGUUGAAAAAGACACGACUUUGUUGUUGUUUUUCUUUCUAAAAGUCCGGGCGGCCAUGCGAUUUCUUUCCAAAUAAAACGUUGAGUAUUCAGCAUCUAUAGAACUUGAACCAAAUAAAAGUUAUAUUAAGUCCUGGUAGCGCGUUAAACUUAGCCGACAUUCCAUCAUUUUAAUGCAUGCCUGGAUAGCUAGUCAUUGAGAAUUUCGGGACAAUGAAAGAGGUAUGGUCGAUGAAAUGAGGUAUGGUCAAUACUGAGUAUUGACCAUACUGCUCAUUUGUUGAAUAACAUGACGAGAACGCACCUAAGAUAUCAGCCCAGUACUGACAUUAUACCAUCCAAUCUAUGUUUAUCCUAAUAGUAAAUAUAUAGUAGUCACGACACUUUUUACCACUUUCCGAAUGCGAGGAUUUCCUUUCUGUUUUAUUUCCAUAGAUUGGUACCUCCAGUACUUCAAUACUCCUUAUUUCAUCUUCCUUCGCGAUACAAUGAGUUACCUGAUCCAUCUUGGCCUCCACUUUGCUGUUUGCCUAGCCCCAUCAAGCAUUUCGUUCAGCAGGUUAGAGUGGGCCAUUUGGGUUUUCUACAUGGGAAGAAUAGUCAUGGAAAGCAAGCAGUUUGGUGAUAUAAAAGUUCAUCGUGUUAAAGAGGAAGGGAUUUCACUUGACGGUUCAAUGGAUUUAAUUGAAGUAUCAUUUGAACCACAAGGAAGCAGCCGCAAAACAAGUCCGACGUCACUAACAACAAAGAAGUUUUCAAAGUAUUUAAGGUAUAUAACCUCUGAUAAUAUGGUACUUAUUUACGCAGUGUUCAAAGAAAAUGAUAUUGGUAAAUAUAAUAGUAUGUAUGUGAUCACGAGAACGGACAAGAAUCUUGGUGCUCCGUAACUUUCUUAAUUUCUCUUCGAUUCUUGCUUAUUUCUUUAAUGUGAAUAUAAUUGUAAACUAUAAUUGAUCGGCCUAGAAUAGAAUUUUUGCUAAUUGUGUGGACUUGUUGCAUGAAGUUCGUUCAAGAUUGUUGUUGUUUAAUAAUAAUGUCUAAGUGAAAAUUAUAAUUGAAUUAGGCCAGUUGCUUGCUGUAUAAGAUGCUGGUCUUUCGCUUUUAUUCUAAAUUCUAUUUAUUGUUUUUUUUCUUAAUAUAGAGGUAUAUAAACAGUAGAACCCCGAUAAUUUGAACUCUGAAGGGAAACUUAAAACAGUUAACGCAAGCGAGGGUUCGAAAAAAAGGUGCUAGGGGAUGGCAUCCAAAUGGAGUUACAAUCACGGAAUCACGGAAGAAUCACGGAAUUCGAGUUUUCGGGAUACAUUUUAGUGAAUUUUUGAACAUGGCCAUCUGAAAAUGUUCGAAUCAGUCAAGGUACCUUGAUGCGUGUGUACAAGAACAAAAGCUUCCGUUAAACAGUGUACAACUACGGGUUCAAUUUUUAGACGGAAGUGUUAAUUUGUUGGCUUUCUGUGAGGGGUUAAGAAUUUAUCUUUACUAAAAUAGUCCAUUUUUUCCCCUGCAGUGAUCAGUGGAACGUCUUAGAUCUCACGACACUUAUCAUCUACCUUGUUAUCUUUGUAUUGAGAAUGGUCACGUGGGGCUUAUCCAAUUCAGUGGAAAACGACCGAGUCCUUCUGAUUACUGGGUACCUUUAUGGCCUCAGCACCCUGAUUCUAACGUUCAGAGCAUUCGGUCACAUGAUGGAAAACACGAGAGAAGUUGGCUCUAUUCAGAUUGCAUUGUUUCAUAUCGUCAGCGAUGUUGUGGCUAUAUUUUGGCAGUUCAUAGCGGCUAUCCUAGCAUUCUCCAUUGCCAUUACUAAAGUUUAUAUGGCAGAAAAAUCAUAUCUUGAAAAAGAAAACAGAGACAAGAAUACGUAAGUAAACGAACCUUUUUAGCUUUUAAGAGUGGCUAAUCAAGUAACAUAUGUGCUUGUUCAACCGUUGUCGCUAACGUUUAGCAGAGUUGAGAACUUUCUUUCUUACAUUUCAGGGCUUGCAAUGCAAUUGGUUAUUCUUGGUAGGUUUAUCCAGUUUUUCAUUUAUCAUAAUAAAUAACUUUGCUUUGAGGCUACAAGAGUCUUUUGAGACAAACAAACAAAAAAUCUCUUAAAUUUUUGUACGGUAACUUCAGUUUUAGACCAUUAAUAGCUAUGUUAAUCUAUCGGAACAAAUCCAUUGGCCUUCUAAAUACAGGUCUUUUUAGGAAGUCACAGAAAAGUGAAAUUUAAAAGGUACAUUGGUACAUUUUUACGGACAUGAAUCAUGUUGUAUUUGUAGAAUAUUGCUCAUUUCAAUUGAACAACAUGCUGAUGUUGUGUUUUCAAAAAGUCAAUCUUGUUUACACAUUAUAUUAUGGAACUACCUUUUCAUGUACAUUACAUGUGUCUUGCUAAAACCAUUGUUUAUUUGUUUAUUGUUUAUUGUUUUGUUUGCCAAAAAUUGUACAACUCAAAUAAAAUCUAAUUACUUAAACUCUCAUGGCGAGGAAGCCUAAGAGAAGCCACCUGGCUUAUAAGGAAUGGGCUCCCUCAGUUAGAUAAUUAAACAAAAAAUAUUAUCAUAAUUACACACGGGAAAAUCAAUGGCAGAGCUACAGUAAAUCUUAAAAUAAGUAUAAAUAAAUGGUGGAGGGGAUCAGACUGUGAGUGGUGGGUUGAGUCCAUUGUUAGGAAUAAUUUGUGAAAUGUUGAAUCAGUUGGUCAGGGAAAUUUAACAUUUUCCGGAAAAAGUCAGGGAAAAGCCAGGGAGUUUUAAAAACCGUGGCAACCAUGCAUGAAUUAGACUUUUAAGAGAAUUCUCAAUGCACUUACAAUAGUACAUUAAAUGAAAAUGAACUUUGUAAAGUAAUUGUUUCUAAUAAGAAAAGUUUUCAAUUGUUGCAUAAAAGUGGAAACAGAUUCAUAGUAUUCGAUAUGAUUAGGUAAACUGUUCCAGAUGUUCGGUGCAUAAUAUGAAAACGAGCGGUAGCCAUAAGUCACGGUAUUAAGAGAAGGAACUUUAUAUUGUAAUCUAUUAGAUGAGGGGAGAAAACAAGCCGGCUAGUAUUUGAGAAGGCGUAAAGACAAAUAGUAAGGUGCUCAGCUAAAUCAUUUAAAUUUUAAAUGUUGACGAUAGCUGUUAUAACUGGACCUAUGACAUCGAGGUGAUUGUUUUGAAGAUGAGUCGGUACUGGGUCGAGUGAAUAGGACAUACUCAAAAUUUUAAAUGUUGACGAUAGCUGUUAUAACUGGACCUAUGACAUCGAGGUGAUUGUUUUGAAGAUGAGUCGGUACUGGGUCGAGUGAAUAAGACAUACUCAAAAUUUUAAAUGUUGACGAUAGCUGUUAUAACUGGACCUAUGACAUCGAGGUGAUUGUUUUGAAGAUGAGUCGGUACUGGGUCGAGUGAAUAAGACAUACUCAAAAUUUUAAAUGUUGACGAUAGCUGUUAUAACUGGACCUAUGACAUCGAGGUGAUUGUUUUGAAGAUGAGUCGGUACUGGGUCGAGUGAAUAAGACAUACUCAAAAGUGGGGACUAAAAUACGCUUGUCAUUUGACAAGCCACUUUUAAAGAUUUUUUUCUGGCGCGUUUUUUUCUUAAUUGAAGUUUUAAGCGCUACUAAGUUGUCAAGAUAACCGAUAUAAAACUUUUCAAACGGUUUUUAUCAUCAAUUUAUAAAAGACUUAAAAUUCCGUAAAAACGAAGCUAUAGUGUUCAAUUCGAAGGUACUUUCAUAUUCAUAGUUGGUGGGCAAUAGUCAAGCAUCUUUGUUGGUCUUUGCUUGGUAUUGUGGAACUUGAUCCUUUGGAUUCAGCUGACGCUGCGACAGUGACCGUGGUCCGCAUCCUGUAUAGUGUUUACCUCAUCAUGGGAGUUAUCUUGCUUGUCAACAUGAUGAUAGCACUUCUGUCCAGCACUUACCAGCGAGUUCAAGUAAGUUAAAAUAAUUGAAGCAUAGCGGAGCGCCAUGGAUAAUAUUUAAAAUUUUGCUAUCUAUGCAUCCAGUUGAAGUAUGUUCGAGUUUGGAUUCGAGUUGGAAUUCGAGUUUGAGCUCGAGUUGAAGUUCGAGUCAAAGUUCGAAUUCAAAACGAAAUUAUUCAUUUUAAAUUGUCGUCGGAAAUGCGAUAUGUGAAUCUUACUCCGUUCCUUUUGGGGGGAGGAGAGGGAGGGAGGGAGGGGUGGGGGCGGGCUAAAAAAUGUUUAUCCGGGAGGCUCCCACCUGAGGUCCAACCCCGUACCCUGUUUUACACCAUUUCUCACAACAAAGGUACCCCUUUCGUAUACCUUCUAUUGACAAAUGGUACCCCUUUCACAUACCUUGUUUAGAACUUCGCAUCCCCUUUUACUGCUGCAAAUGUAAUCUUUCGAAUAGGAAUUAAUCACAUAAAAGGACGUUUUAAAAGACUUUUUAACGCCAUAAAAUUCAUCUGUUAGCCCUUUUGGUAGGGAUGUUUGAGUUUGCAAUCGAGUUCGAGUUCGAGUUCGAUUUGGACUUCCCCGAGUUAAACUUCGAGUUGGACUUCAAAAGUUCGAAUUAUUUUAAAUCAUUAUUAAAUAAAUUCUGAAAACCCAAUUAACAGUAGCGUGGAAGCCGAAAGCGUUUUGCCUUGGAUCAGUUGCCAUCUUCUCAAAAGGUGUUAUAAAGUAUAAACUGCUUGCAGUCCGCCUUUUCUUCUUAAAAUAAGUCUAGUAAUUAUCUCAGCCAGUGCAAUCGCAAAAAACGCGCUGCUUGAGUUUGGCGUGCAGUAACUUUGCAAAGAAAAAUAAGAGACUGCUCGCAGCUAAUAUAUUACCGUGAGCGUUCAUAAGGCGUUUGUGAACCGCGAAUCGACAUAUUCUAGUCGAUUUUCCUUAGCUGGAAGCCCAAGCCAUUUUGAAGGGAAAACCAAAAUAGAAAAGUUGGUAGUAACGUUUCCAUGAACAAUUUUUCCCCUCUACUAGCUAAGCCCCAUGUACCGAACACUUAAGUUCCCUAAUGGGCCUUUCCGGGGCGUUACCAAUCCAAGCACGCGUUUCCUCGCGUGCCCGUUCGUAAAAUGCAUCCAAACGGCUUAAACACUGUAAACAAACAUCUGUUAACCGAAAGAAAAUUUCAGAGGAAAUUCAGUGAGACUUAUGACUGCCGUGCAUGUCGCGAUAUGACCAGAGCGAAUAUACAGUAAUUAGACCCUAAUUACACAUUGUCGGAAACCUCAUUCUGUCUUGGUCCUCUUGUCGAGAGACAUUAGGGCCAUUUAUACGAGGAAAAAUAAGACGCGUCUUACAUAAGACGCGAACUUUCCGUAUAAACGGCCCAGGGGGGGUACUCUGGAAAUCAAGUGACGGGGAUGAUCGAAUGGAGCCUAAAGUCAAGACCCAAAAAAAUCCCUAGGGCUUCCAGCAAAACCCAAAAAACUCCUGGACCAAAAAUGCAGACUAUUGUAUAACACGUGCGAUGUAAAGCGACACCAUAGUUAACUAUUAAACAACAGCAAAACACGUUUGUUUGUACUUUCGCAGAACUACGCAGCCAGGGCACUACCGAUUCUUGUUAAUACCCCCCAAAAAUCCCUACUCAAAUCAAGCUACCCAAAAAAAUACUUGCCAAAUUUUCGUACCUAAAAAAAUCCCGGAAUCGAAAAUUUCAAACCCCAAAAAAUCCCUUGAAAUCCCGAGUAACCCCCCUGGGAUAAACGGCACAUUUCGUCUAAAAUAAGACGCGGCUUAGCUAAGACGCGUCUUAUUAGAUAAGACAUGCUCGUAUAAAUGGUACAGUUCGCGUCUUAUUUUUCCUCGUAUAAAUGGCCCUAUUGUAAUCAGUUGGGGGAAAUCUGAUAGAAAUCUGAGGUAUGACCUUCAGUAGCUUUUUAUACUGUGCCAUCCAUUCGGUAAAAUAAGCAUGAUGAGCGGGAAUUACUGCGAUUCACAAACGUCAUUUAUUUAUGUAGUAUAUUCUAUAAACCAUUUUGAUCUCAGUUGAAGAUAAUAUUUCAAUUUCACUGCAUUACCACGUUUGUGUUCUGAGUGCACUUUGAUAUUAAUUUUCGAUUGCUAUCCAUAUUUGUACCAUUAUUUGACCCGACCAUGGCGUAAAUUGGAGAAACUGAGCAAUCCUGCUUUGACAAUAAUCCCUUAAUGCUCCCUAAAAUUCUUCAUUUUCUGCUGUUUUGUCAUGCAGAAAUGCAAAGAUUUAGACUGCAGGUACCACGCUUUGUAAUGAGUCCAUCUGUGUGAUACCUUUUUAGUUUCAUAAACACAACGUAUUAACUGCCUUGAGCGCUUUACCCUCUUGAUUGUUCGCAAGGUUACAACCAGUUUGCGUUUCACAAAUACCUGGUAUUUACACUGACAUCACAAUGGAACAGAUGAAUAGCUUUACUUGUUUACACUUAUAUUCAGCUGCCCUGAGUGUACGAGGGUAAUCGAAAGCACGAGGCUGGGAAGCUUCAUUGAAAUUCAAGGGUCCAAGGGAAAAUGAUUGAAUAUAAUGGAGAAGUGUGUACUGUGCAGUGGUUUACGGAUCCGCCCAAACCAUCCGGGUGGUAUCGCAAAUAUAUAGAGAAAGAACAAUAGAGGAAUUGUCAACCAAUCAGGAAGACUAACGUCACCAAAUCAGAUCAGACUGAUUGGAUAGUUCUUUUUCUUUGUUUGAGACUUGUUUAUUCAGUAAUUUGCAAUUGAAUGAGAUGAAAAGGGUCUACGUAAGAAUUAUCAAGGAAUACAAAAUAACCUUCUUGCUAGCCUACCCCUUAAUUGAAACAAUUUAUAAGACGUUCUCGCACGGGAAAAGAUACCUUCUGAUAAAGACUCAUUCUUGAUUUAGGAUCGCUACGAUCGAUGAUCAAAAAAGUUCAACGAUCGCAACGAUUAACUGAAAAACAGCGCUUCAACGAAUCGUAGCGGUCGCUAACAAAGUAUAAAAGUUCAGAUUACUAGACUUUGUCGGCUGUUUGUUUGGCGAUCAACGAUCAUGAUGAAACUAGGUUUUCUUGAGCAGCUACGUAAGACAAUCUGAUUGUUCAGUUAAAAGCGGAGUUUGUUAUUUCACUUUUAAUUUCUUUUAAAUCCGAUCUCUGCUUUAGCAAAGCAAAUUGCGUUAAUAAACGGAUUGAUAAAACACCUUCUAUUUUAAUCUUAAUACAGCAAACUGCGCGUUCAUAUGUAAUAAGAGAAAGAUUAACGAAUGUGUAAACAGACUACGAUUCACUUCACGAUCAAGUUAGCAUUUUAUACAGGAUUUGGAAAGACAAAAACCUUACUGUGUUUGAGAAUUUUUGUUUUUGGGGCCUAUAAACACAAACCAAUCGAUCAAAGUCCCUCUGAUCUUAAACUGCUCAACAAAUAGGCGAGAGAGAUAAAGAUUAAGUUUUAAAUACUACCGAUUCAGUACUCGUCAAAUCAUUUAUUCAUAUGUAUUCGUUGUCCCGGUUAAAAUUGUUUCAGAAAUUCUUAAAAGCAAACACAAUAUAUGCCUUUAAGUUACAAUGCCUUUUGUUUCAGCAGACAAUAACCAUGCAAAUAAGCAAACAACCUGGCUGUUAAGUCUCCGAUUUAAUACACGUAAUUUGAAUAUAGAAUUAUGUACUUUCCCUUAACCAAAAAUUAUUCUUGUGGUCCAAACAUAGUGGAAUCGCUUUCGCCCAUCCAUGCUAUCUGGUACCCCAUAAAAAAGGGCCAGAAUCUCUCAUCCUGACUGGUUAAAGGUGAUGUUUAUUAUUUGUAAUUUUUCGUUAUAAAUCUGAUAAAUCCAUAAUCUGAUUCAUUAUGGUAAAUGAACUGAGUGGAGUACAAUUCAGUCUGAAAUCAUACGCGCGAUUUCAAAAUAGCGAGAUCGAUUUUACAACAUGAAGUUCAAUUCCUACCUUAUUACGGCCAUUAUGAAAUCGCAUAAUUCAGUUCGCAGUACCAAUAUAUACAUAUAUAUUCGCAGUACCUAAAGGCUUUUACAUCUCUUUUUGUAUUUAAGACAAAAAUUAUGCGAUACAGACCAAAAAUGGUGCGAUUUAAAGCACAUGGGCACCCAACGACGGUUUCCUCCUAAAUGCAAUGGAAACAUCUUCAAGACUAUCCAGACUACUUUUAGAUCCCUUGAAAUGCAUUCUAAGUCGGAUUCUAAGCGGCGCUAUAAAAAUUUGUAUCUGUUCUGUCAUUCUGUGGGAAAUUCCAUCGCAUUUUUGAAUCGGAAAUUUUAGGUUUCGUUUUUUAAAGAAAAAUAACCUAAUCUUGGGAGUGAAAUGUGACUGAAAUUAAACUUCAGAAAUUCUUGGGGAAUUUUUUUACAUGAGCUUCAAAAAUUGUACCUGAAUGGAACGGUCAUCUAGAACGUUAAAUCCUGCCUCAAGUAAUAGAAAAUUCUAGGCCAAAACAUUGAAGGUAAGGCUGAUCGGACAGUUAAGGGUUAUGCAUAUAUUUGCCCAAUAUUUCGACUAGACAAAACUAGUCUUCAUCACGGGCUAGAAAAGCUAAGGAAACCGUCUACUGGAAUCUACUUUUUUAUAACGAAUAUUAGAUUUAUAUCUGUCUCAUGUUAAACUGAGUUGGGGUGCAACUUACUAUCUCUAUUUAUUUCUCAGGAAAAUUCUUUGAAGGAGUGGUCUUUCAAGAAAGCCAUCAGAAUUCAGACCUACAGUUCUUAUCACCCUAUUCCUGUUCCGUUUAAUAUCAUCUCAAAUCUUAUAUUGGGUUUGCUUUGGCUUUGGAGAGUAUGCAGUCGUGGUCGAACAGUAAGUCCAACGAUUUAACUACUAAAUUUGGCUGUAGCCGUCGCAUACACUUGUCAAUGUGUGCUAGGGUUACCCUAGCAAGAGGGUUACACUACCUGCCUUGUAAACGCUCAGCUGAGGAUAACUCGCCUACCCGGGUCAACCUUCCGCCGUCAUGCGUGACCAGUAAUUGUGCUAAUUUGAACGGUAUUAUCCAAUUUUUGAGCUUAAUCAUAAACAUCUGAAAAAUAAAAAGGUUUUUCCUGUCUACGGUGACACUUUUUUUCCUUUUUUUGGAAUUGACGUGUUUUCCAUAAAGAACUUCAAGAUUAUUCUCGCGGAUCGGGUUUUAUAAUUUUGUAGCACGCGCAGUGCGCUUAUCGCGCGAGGAUCGCAAGCGGAGUGCGAUUUCGCCUUGGUCAUAAAUCUUUCUAUUGGUUUGGUAUCCGCAGUUGCCUAGCAACAAACCAUAAAGAAACUCUAGAAGACGCCAUUUGGCAUGACGUCAUCGUGCAGUUUUGUAUUCCAGGCAAAACAACUGGUUAGCCACCGACCAGAUUUUUCAUCCUCUGUUUGCUGCACGUUCGUUGGCGAAUCGCUAAGUAUUUUUGCUCAAAUAACAGCAGGCUGCAAACACAACAUUGCCUGAUUCGACAAGGGGCUGGAAAUCCUUGCUGUGGCUAUCACUUAAACACCGAGAGAAAGGCAACCUAAACUUCAGCGAGAGCAACAAAGAAGACGAGUACGUUCAUCGAGCGGCUCUUAUAAAGCCUGAGAGUGAAUGAACAAGGAAAUAAUGCGAAGUGGCUUUGAAAUAGUUGUUUAAGCUAUUUUUCCUCAAAUGUAUAUUUGAAUUCAUGAUAAAACACCUCCAUAAAGUUCAAACAGUGUGAAUGGUAGAGAAAAAAUAUUUUAAUGCCUCAAGGCUAUUAAUUUUAAAUGGUCUUUGCGUAGUGGUCGCAUAGCCCAGUUGCAUGCAGGCUUACUUUUUGCGCUGGAGGAGGUUGAGGUGCAGGUUCAAAUCUCGGCGUGGCUACUCGCAGGUUUUUUUUCUUUUUUUUUUUUUAACAUCGUGUUUUUACUUUUUGGCUUAUUCUCAUUGCCGACCCAUUUUAGCUUCGCGAGACUUUUGCGAUAAGGUAUUUCUAUUUUCAAAUUUUGGACCGUUGCAAAGAAUGUCACGCAUGACGAAACACGUCAGUAAAGCUGGCAAAGUUGACCCGGGUGUUAGGGUAACCCUACCUGUGAAAUUUGCUUGUAAACCAGAACUAACUUUAACCGGCUUACUAGAGUAAACCUAGCACAGGGUAACUCUCUCCUUGUAAACAGGCCCUUAGAGUGGGAUGUAGCGACAUGAAAUAUUCCUUUUUAGUUGAUUUAUUAUUAUUGAAUAGAAAUGACAGCAACAAUACAAUAUAUUAUUUUAUGACUAAUUUUAUGAAUAGUUAAACCAAUAUUUUCGCUUUCCUUUCGACCAAGGAAAAAGAAGUGGACCAUAAGAACAUGAGUCCUAGCUACUGCCUGUGAACUUGAAAAGAAGUAAAACGUUUUUUCAAGUUAUCCCCUUGAAAAUAUAUGGAGCUCUCGUCAUCAGUUAAAAGUAUAUAAGACUUUUACGAUAGUCGCUGAUCACUUUGCGGUGUGUUGCUUUUCUCAGUACUUUUCCUGGGCCUGCCUGGGUUGAUUCUUCUCAGGUAUAAUUAGAAUAAUGUGUAGUGAAACUGAAGAAGGUGUUUUACUAUUUGUUGAUAUAGGGUACAAAUGAAAGAAGAUCCCGAACUCGAAGAUCACGAAUGGAACGUAAGAUGCUGCAACUGAAUGUAAGGAUUUUAGGAAAAUGUCUUUUUUAAAAAUUUUCUUUUGAAGUAGGUACCAUUUACAAUGUAAUGUUAUCAAAUAGUUAAACAGUUUUAAAAAUGGCGUCAAGAACAUUGCAUGUCCUUCUUCAUCAAGAAAUGAAAUUGGAAAUUCUCAAAAUGUCAAAUUUUCACGGUAUAUUAAUUAUAGUUAACGUUUGAUGCGGAAUUAACCAUUGUGGGAAAUUUGUUAUAAAAGUUUAGGGAAGCUAUGUGUAAAAGCAGACUGUUUCUGCUUAAAUGAGGUUUUCCUUAUUAUUGACAACUGAGUUCAUGGUGGUGCAUACACAAUUGGCAAUUUGUGGGAUAUAAUGCAAACUGUUUUUAAAAAUCUGUGAUUGCGGGCGAGCAAAAUACGAGCCCACAGUCGUAGUCUUGGUGGGGUGGUCAGCGGCACAGUGUAAGAAACUGUAUAGAGAGGUUUUUGCAAAAUCUGUCCACAAUCUUGGGAUGCCCAUGUUGUACCACUAAUAUGCAUGGAAUCUAACCGCGAAGGCCCUGGUGUUGAGUUUAGGUUCCAUCUGAUGACUGAUGUCCCAGCCGUAAUCUUCCGAAGAACAAUUACAACAUGUUUGUUUGUUUCGAAUCCACGUAGUCAGCUUAUAAAUUCACGUAAUCGUGAAAGCGGUUCUCAAAAUCAAUUGCACCUCUAAGGUAAACGCACAUGUUCAACCGCACUUCUUAACCGUUGGUUACUGCUAGUUGCAUAUAGCUUUCAAUUAUUAUGCCAUUUAUAAACCCGCGUGGAGCUAUUAUUAACCCAAUUAAUACUACAUGUACCCCGGUAACCCUAUAGGCACAAAGCCAUAGGGCUGACCUUUCAAGUUUGUAGUUUCUUUAUUUUCUUGCAGGAAGAAUCUUUGGAUCUGGUUGUCAAACAUCUUCAAGUUACUUAUUUUGCAACGUAUGGAUAUGCGUUUCCGCUUACAGGUUAAUUUUACACUCCAUUAUAAUUAUCAGUUAAGAAUUCGAUCCAUUAGUACGUCAUAAAAGUAACCAGUAAGUAUUUUAAACAAUAAUUCAUUUUGAAAAAGUGAAAAAAUAACUUUGUUGAAGGAAUCAAAGAAAGGAAGAAUGAAAACAAAAGAAAAGAAAAUGAGUGAAUAAGUGUUGAAGCAGACUGAGCAUUGUCCCUAGAGCUACAUACCCAGGAUGAUAGUGCCUUCCCUUGUACUGAUGGCACUGACUUGAAAUCUUUUGUGGUCAAGUGAAUCACCUCCAAAAUUGAAUCUGCUGCACAUAGACCCAGAGGUUUUAUUAGCAGAGGUGAUACAAGAAGCCCUGGGCUUCUGACGUGAUACUUGUUGGUACUGUAUAUUAUAAAACUUAUUUACUUUUAAACAGACAAGGGAAAAAUGGAUAAGGUAUUACUGGAGACCACAAAGAUGAGACAAAUGAGCAGCCAGAUUGCGUAUUCGACUUUUAGUUCCAGUGGGUCUAAAGACAGAUCAUUUCCUGUUGGACCCCAGGUAUUUUGUGUCCUCCUUUACUUGCUUGAAGUAGCGACCCUAAAAUGGCAUUAAAAGGGCAAGAGUUUACCAGAAAGGAGAAAGUAGGGACUGGGUAGUGCUUUCCUUUUGGCAUCAACCCCUGUCUUAUCCUAGGUAUCCCUCAUCAGCUAAGAAGCAAACUUUGUAUAUGAAGUGACUCUCUGGCCUUAUUUUAAUCCUAUACCCCCCAUUGAUGAGGUACAUGUGAGACGAAUAUUGACGCUGAAAUAUAUUAAAGUGCAAUCAAGUAAAAUGUUGAUUUCAGUUUGUCAAGGCACUGCACUGAAAUCAAUCCAUUUUCAUUAUUUUUUGUUUUGUUUUUCGCUUAAAUUAAUAAAUAAGCGUAGGCGGAAACAUACACUGCUCACAAAACAGGUCCCAUGGCCCUCAAGGCCUUUUAUCAUCCGUUAGUCCAUUUCCGAGGGUGGCCGCUUGCUCGAGAUUUUCGCCUAUAUUCUCUCCUUUCAUUUUAUCGCGCUUUUUUUUCAGGCAUGGAAAAGUGAAGGAAUAAAGAUUGAAGGUUCUCUUCUAAUGUACGAAGGGAUUGAGUCUUGUCAGAAGUGCAGGAAUAAUCCAACAAUAUCGCAAAGAAAUCAUGGUGCCAGGUAUCUGGUCCCAUUCUCUCCAGAGUGUCCGCAUUUCGAGGUAUGACACAGGAACGUUAACAGCGAGUAUUGCUGAAUGUUAACGUUCGAUGGUAAUAGCAUGAAUGCUCAAAAUAAGGAAACAAUGCCUCUUUAAAACUAAAUUGCUGUAACAGAAAUUAAAAAAACCCGACUUAAAAUGGAGAUAAAAAAAAUUGAGCCACUCAUUGUGAUAUGAGGAAACUUGGCUACCUCCCCGCUCCCUUCCCAAACAAUGUGGAAUCUCUAGAAAGAUGGAUGCAAACUAUAUUAGUUAUUUGUUUGAAAACCAAAUGCUGGAGGUAGGGGAGGAGGAAUCAAGGAAUAUAUCAGAAGCCAACCAAAAUUGUUGCUUCGAGUAUAAUUCUAAAUAAUAAUUACCUGGAAGGGUUUUCCCAACUGCCCAAGGUUCGUUUAACUCUAGCUCAUUGCAAUUUAAUGGAGGCGGUCACUUGUUCACUUGACCUGUACCCGUGAAGACUGCAUGGCGUGUAAUAUAGUGGCUAGUGAGGAUAAAACGUAAUUACGAAGUGGAACAUGCUCUCCCUGUUGUGAUGACAUGGACGAAAAACGAUUUGGAACUUAUCGAAAAGAAACAUCGCGCCAUGUUCACCGACACUUAUUCACCUAUCAUUGUGAGAUUCCUAGCUGUGAAAUUGUUUUCAUUUUCACGAUAGGUUCUUAUUCUUGAAUCAGGGGAGCGUAGAAGCCUAGAGGUAGGAGUAGCAAGGAAAAAUUAUCGAAGCCAUAUUAUACGUGCUAAAGGAUGGAAAAACGAAUGUGUCGGAUAUCACAUUAAAGGAGACAUUUUCGAUGCUGCCGUAGCGAAGUCAAUCGUCGAAAUUGAAGGUGACCAGUGCUGUUUAAUGCAAUGUAGUAGAUGCAUCAGCUAAGAAUUUUAUUAUUAUUAUUUCGUAUAUUUAUUGAAAUUGUCAAUUUCCUAUGAUAUUCAGAAGGGAGGGUUAUAAGAUUAUCGCCUGUUAUAAAAACAGUUCACUCAGUGUCGACUGUGUCCUCAAUUCAGAAUACGGGCAGUACUGAGACCUUACUGAUCAAACUUGAGCUUCAUUUUGAGGGAUUCAGGUUAUAUCCAUUAGGGGCUUUCCUGAAUGUAGUUACAAACGUAUUGCCUUCUCAGUCAUUCCACCGUACUAGCUAUCGCCCCAUGUACGGAAAUCCGGAUAUUAGAAUCCUGGAAACGUUUGCUUGUGGGAUCUGGAAUCCGGGAGGUGUUUGUUUAUGGAAUCCGGAAUUCUAGGCUUUGGAACCCGGAAUACAACUCAAGGAAUCCGGAAUCCCAUUAAAGAGUGCAAUCCGGGAAUCCAAGUUUCACUGACAAUAUUCAGUAUAUAGUACCUGGAAUUAGGAAUCCAUGGCGUGGAAUCCAGACAUUCCAAAACUGUCUUGGAUACCCUUACAUGGGGCGAUAGCAAAGUAAACUGAUAAAUAUUUUAGUUUAUUCUCGUCUCAUUCGUAUCAUCCCUUUCAGAUGCUAUGGCUGAUCGCGGCGACUUAAUUGGGUGUACAGUAAUGUUUCAUAUGGCUGAAAAAGGAAUUGUCCCAAUCACAUUCACAAUUAAUGGAAGAGCGAUCACCAAUGUGCUUUUUUGUGUUGCGUUUGAUCAGGAGGACUUGAAACUCUUUCCAUUUGUCAGCAUGGGUCACGAGGGAGUCGUUGUCGCUACCAGGGUAUGUAAUUUGCAAAAUACAUUCAUCUAGUCAGUAGAUGAAAUAAAAUAAAUAUCAUUAAUUUUUUAAUGAUAUUUUUUCUUAGAUGAGGCAUCGUGACAAUAUAGAUGGCAUCCCCUAUCUCCCUGCAAAUGAAGUAACAAAUAACAAUAAUAUCACAUCAUUUGAUUCAAAGUUGGGUCAUCAAACUUCAACAACAGCAGGAAGUGAUGCCAGAGAUGUUUAUCGGGAACUACAGUACGCCAGUGCAAGAUUCAGAAGAAUCAGAGAUGAUAUUCUUGACAACUUAAAAAUUAAUUUUAGACGAUUGGAAGACGUCUUCAAUGACUGGAAUAAAGAAUGCUUCGAAAUGAGGGAGAAUGAUUUAAAGGCUAAGUAUAGUAACCCCAUUCUGCGAAAAAAGAUUAAAAAAUUUCUUGAUGGCCUUAAAGAGAUUGAAGAGCUAGGGAGAAAGUCGAACAUAAAGUUGAGUACAAUCGUAUAA